AUGUCGGUGGCGACGGGCAGCAGCGAGGCGGCCGGUGGGGCUGGCGGCGGCGGCGCGCGGGUCUUCUUCCAGAGUCCCCGGGGCGGUGCGGGCGGCAGCCCGGGCUCCUCCCGGGAGGAUUCCGCGGCCCUAGCCACGGCGGCCGCUGCCGGGCAGGUUCAGCAGCACCAGCAGCAGCAGAGGCGCCACCAGCAGGGAAAAGUGACCGUGAAAUACGAUCGCAAGGAGCUUCGGAAGCGGCUCGUGCUGGAGGAGUGGAUCGUGGAGCAGCUGGGGCAGCUGUACGGCUGCGAGGAAGAAGAAAUGCCAGAUGUAGAAAUUGACAUUGAUGAUCUUCUUGAUGCAGAUAGUGAAGAAGAGAGAGCUUUAAAAUUACGGGAAGCUCUUGUAGACUGCUACAAACCAACAGAGGAAUUCAUCAAGGAGCUGCUCUCUCGGAUAAGAGGCAUGAGGAAACUGAGCCCUCCGCAGAAGAAGACUGUAUAAUUCUGGUACAGGGUGGACUCUCCAAGAGACGAAGAGGGGUCCUGGCAUUUGAACCUCAUGAAGUCUCUGUUAAAUAAUAGGUGUCCUUCUGAGCAACUUUUUUUGGGGGGUAGGGGAUCUAUUAGACAUUUAUUCAAGAGUGCUCUUUUUUUUGUUUUUAAAGAUUAAUGUAACGUUUUAAUAGCAAACCUAUCAUGACUGGUUGCAGCCCAACCAGGGAUUAUCAAACCAGGCAGACAUGUCAGGAUGGGCUGGGCCAGGCAGCAUUUUCUUCUUCCAGAAAUUGGAGGUUUAGGACCUAACUGUACAGGGAUGAUGGUUUUCUUACAACCAGUUUGGUAAUCCUUUUUUCUUAAGUUGUACAUUUGACUCAGAUGUUGAAUUUCUUGUACAUGUAUAUAUCUAAGUUAAAAUGUACAUGUGAGUUGUACCUCACAUUGACGGAAUAAACUUGUGGUUGUCUUUUAAUGGGAGGUCGCAGCACGUGUGUUUUCAAGAGGCCACUAGGUAUUUUUCAUGUGAUGGUUGCUGACCUUCAACAUUCACUUUAUGCACCAAAGUGAAAGAAUGCAGUGUAUCUGUUAUUUUAAUGAGCUACACCACAAAAAGUUGAGUUGGUCAAGGGCUUAAUUCGUGGAGUUUGUAUUAUUUCAUUAAUUGGGAUGCUUUGCCAGGUCAUGUACUUAUUGCCUCAUUUGUGGUAUUUUAAAGUUUUACAAGCCCUUAAUUUGAAGAGCUGUUUGGAUUUCUAGAGGAAUGCCCGUACUGAGUGAUAUUCUGCAUUGGGAAAAGGAAGCACUGUGUAGCAAUUAAUUCUCUGCUCUCAGCCAAAUACUGUAUAUUAUUCUCUCUCCCUGAAAAUAGGCAAAAAGAAGUUAGCAGAUUAUGUAUCUUUGUCCUUAGAAGUUGAGCCAAACCUCUGUGACUGGGCAGUAUCAGAAAGAGCCAGUGACCUGCAUGCCGAGCAGGGGUGGAGGUGAGAAAGGAAGUUGGUAUGGGAGGGACUGCUGUUUGGAAGCACAGAGGAGAUGGUGCUUCUGGCUUCUCCCAGUGGCAUGUGGUGAGGACUCUGGCCCCUGGCCCUAAUUCUGCAUCCCAGACCCCUUGCUUGGAGCUGUGCCUGGGGCACCUCCCCUGCCCCUCCCAGUUAUAUUCCAGCUUCUUGGGGAAGGAUCAGCAUUCUGAUGGAUAUGGAUGGGGUGAAAGGUCAGAGUAAAACCGCUUCCCCCCCAGGAGGCCCGUGCUGCCUCCCCACAGAAACCCCAACUACUGUAAGAUGUCUCUAGGUGACCCUGUCAGAGGACAGAGGUCAGGCAUUUUAUAUCAAGGGUGCUCUGAACAUAUUUUAUUUUUUAAAAGAACUACGUUUGUUGAAUUUUCUGUAUACUGGCAAGCUUCUGAAAAUGUAUUUAAUUUUGUAAUGUUUACCAAUGAUUUAUUUACAAGCUAUUUACUCGAAUAAAUGGAGCUGCUUACAA